GUCGUCGUUCUCGUUGCCGGUGGCAUCGGUAUUACACCGAUGCUGAGCACAAUCAAUCAGUUUCGGCACAGACCAAGCAAGACAGUAUUUCACUUGUACUGGGUGGUGCGCGACGCGAACGACCUGCUCAUGGCCGAGACAUUCAUGUACCCGCUGCCCGAGUCGCUCGUAUAUCGCUUUUAUGUGACGACGGCGUCAACUGAAGGCAGCGUGCUUUCUGCGUCGAUGGUGCACCAACCGUACAAUGGCCGCCGCCCCAAGUGGGACGAACUGAUCAACGGAACGAUCUUUGUCGGCAAGUCGGUGUGCGUUUUGGCGUGCGGUCCCGAUCCGCUCACGCGCGAAGUGCAAACCGUCGCGCGAAAGUAUGGCUUUGACUUUCACAAGGAAGAGUUUGCUUGGUAGUUGGUAUCGUUCCCUCCCAGCUCAUAUAUUUGCCUCGUACAAUCAACUCAAUAUUUGCC